AUUCGCCGCGCAGUCCCUUUCCCGUCACCACUUCCCUCCACCCGCACGCCACCUGUCUACGCGCCUGCACAGCACCGCCGCCAUGGGGAAGAAGAAGGGCAAGAACAAGAGCAAGGGCUCUGCGAAGAGCACACCCAAGAACACCCCCAAGAACACGCCGCGCCGCACGCCCUCCACGUUCCACCCGUGGCCACAGGAGGAGGAGAAGCCCAGGUACUCCCUCGCCGACGAAGCGCGCUACGUCCUGGGCCACCGCAAGAACGCCUUCGAAUCUGGCAAGAAGCUGCGCGACAUGCCUGUCCACUUUGUUAGCGCCGGCCUGCUGGAAGGCACCAUCAAGGAGCGCGAGAAGGUGACGGUGACGGUGACGGGGUCUGGUUCCGAGUCGGACGCUGAGUCUCUCGCGCCUUCCCCAUCCUCGUCCGCUUCGCCACCGGACAACACCAGAGCCAUGGCCCAGAUGGCGAUUCGCAGCCCCUCGCCCGCACCAUCAGAGGCCUCGAGCGCAUCCAGCGAUGAGGUUGUCUUCCAGGGGCGUGGCAACACAUCAGCGCCUCGGUCCACCGCCGCAUCGAGGGUUGAGAGCCCUCUGCCACAGAAGCAAGCAGGCGCAGGCGCAGUCGCCGAGGCCGUGAACAGUGCGGUCGAGCACGCCAACGCACAGGCAGGCGCAGUCGCUGCCCACGUCGCUGAGUCUGCUUCCGUUCCGGUCGAAGACGUGCACGUCAAGCCCAAGGUCAACGUGAGCAUUCGGGUCAAAGAUUCUCAGCCUGCCGCUCUCAGCGCUGCUCCCGGGCCAGAAGCCGUCGCCGCCGCCGCCGACGCCGAGUCAGAUACCGACAUCGUUACCGACAAUGCGUUCGCGAAGCGACGAGGAGACAAGCCUGCGUGGGAAGGCGCCACAACACCUUGGGAGCACAAGUCCAAGCCGGGCAUAGGGUGGUUGCCCGUCGAGGAUCGUCCGGACAUGGACGCUUUCCUUGCCGGUGACGUUGAUCCUCGCGAUGCCGCCAUGGAUGAUUACAUGCAGAACAUGGAAGAUUUCGGCCUGACUGGCGACCUCAUGGCCGCAUCGGGUUUUGCACGGCGCGAAAUGGAUCUCGACGCUGGGAGCCACAACGACUGGGAGUCGGCAUCGGGCAGUCAGGCAGGCGACGAGCAAGAUCCGACCGACAGCUGGGACUCUGACAUGCUCCAAGACCUUGAGGGUAUGAGCACAUCAUCUGAUGUCAUGGAUACCGUUGUUAAGAUUCUCUCGAAGCGGAAUCGCAAGAGCGGAGUCCAGUACCUGUGCGUGUAUGAAGGCUCCGUGGUUGACGACGCUCGCUGGCUGCCGGGCGGUUACCUCCAGAGUUCUGCUGAGAAAGACUUGAUCCAGGCCUUUGAGGAGGCCUUUCUGCUUCGCAAGAAGGCAGAGUUGGGCGACAGCAGCACGAGCGACUCUGGGGGUAAAGAAGAGGAGGACGAAGACGACGAUAGCGACUCCGAGGACGACGAGGAUGACGAUGACUUCGGUGAAGACGAAGAGCUCGAUGAUGAGACCAUCGCUCGAGUUCUGCAAAAACAAGAGGAGCUCGGCUUGGGCGCAGACGAGCUUAUGCUUUACGCAGCUGACGACUACUUCGGCGCAUCCUCCCGCGCGGACGACUACAUUCCCCUCAACGUCGGUCGAUCGAAUCGGAAGCAGCCAAAGCGUGGCGGGCGAAGGAAUCGCGAGCCUACCUUCCCUUCCGCCUCCGCCAUGGCAGACGCGCUCGAUAUGGAUCCCUACAACGGCUUCGAUAUCAUGGACACUGAGCGCCCGUCGCUGAAGCCUAAGAAGAAGGGCCGACGUGGCCAGAUGCCCUUUGAGCUGCUUGAUGACUCCGAUCUCAACGAACAACUACAGAAUGCGUGGGAGAACGAUCGUCAAAAGAAGCGCACGAAGAAGGCCGAACGAGAAGAGCUACGGCAGCAGGGCCUUCUCGGCAGGAAGGGCAAGGCACCCAACCUGAAGGUCAAAUACAAGGAUGGUUUGAUGAUGGAGGACGUCCUCGAGGAGAUGCGCGAGUUUUUGGUUGGCGACAUGCAAACCCUCGCUUUACCUCCGAUGGACGCCUCCCGACGUGCGACCAUUCAUCAGGCUGCAGAUCAUUUCAAGCUCACAUCGCGCUCUCGUGGAGAUGGCCUCGAUAGAUUCAUCGUUCUCACCAAGACCACGAGGACACGGACCUAUACCGACAACGAGUUCGACAAGGCGAUCCUCCACAAAGGUCUACUCUACCGUCUCUCCGGACCAACCUUCUCGCAGAAGGGCGAUCGUCCACGCAAGUCCGCCACCGUUCGUUUCGGAGGAGCGCGAGGCAAACCCUCGACCGGCUACCGCGACGGCGAGACAGUCGGUGCCAACGCGCCUGAGAUUGGCCCUGAGAACAGAGGACAUGCCUUGUUGGCCAAGAUGGGUUGGUCGAAGGGUAUGGGACUUGGUGCUCUGGAUAACAAGGGCAUCUUGCAGCCAAUCGCGCAUACAGUGAAAAUGACCAAGGCGGGCUUGCAAUAAGCCAUCUGCUUCCUUGUAUUGCCGUUCUUCAUUCCGCGGUUCUUCGCCUCGAUUACUAUGGGUCUGCGCAGCUUCAACGUUAGCUGGCUUGCCAUCUGGGAGGUGUUGUUUGUACGAGUAUCUGGAGU